CGGUGCAGCAGCUGGAUAAGAACAUGAGCAAUCUACGGACAUGGCUGUCUCGCAUCGAGGCGGAGCUCACCAAACCCGUGGUGUACGACGUGUGCCACAGCGAAGAGAUCCAGAGGAAACUGGCUGAGCAGCAGGAGCUGCAGUGGGACAUCGAGCAGCACACAGAGAGCGUGGCGUCGGUGCUGACGCUCUGUGACGUCCUGCUGCACGACGCCGACGCCUGCGGCAGCGACGCGGAGAACGACUCCAUCCAGCAGACUACGCGCAGCCUGGACCGGCGCUGGAGGAACAUCUGCGCCACGUCCAUGGAGAGGAGGAUGAGGAUCGAGGAGACCUGGCGUCUCUGGUGUAAGUUCCUGGACGACUUCUGUCGCUUUGAGGACUGGCUGAAGAGCGCUGAGAUCACUGCGGCCAGCCCGGACUCGGCCAACGUGCUCUACACCAGCGCCAAGGAGGAGCUCAAGAAGUUCGAGGCGUUCCAGCGGCAGGUCCACGAGCGCCUGACUCAGCUGGAGCUGGUCAACAAACAGUACCGCCGUCUGGCCCGGGAGAACCGCACCGACGCCGCCAGCAAACUCAAGCUCCUCGUCCAGGAGGGGAACCAGAGGUGGGACAGCCUGCAGAAGAGGGUGGUUUCCGUUCUCCGCAGACUCAAGCACUUCACCUCUCAGAGAGAGGACUUUGAGGGGACUCGGGAGGGGAUCCUGGUCUGGCUCACAGAGAUGGACCUGCAGCUCACCAACGUGGAGCAUUUCUCCGAGAGCGACGUCGAGGACAAGAUGAGGCAACUCAACGGCUUCCAGCAGGAAAUCACUCUGAACACCAACAAGAUCGACGCUCUGAUUGUGUUCGGGGAGAACCUGAUCCAGAAGAGCGCCCCUCUGGACGCCGUGCUGAUGGAGGACGAGCUGGAGGAGCUGCACUCGUACUGCCAGGAGGUGUUCGGCAGGGUGUCCCGCUUCCACCACCGCCUGGUGCACCGCCGCCCGUUCCUGGAGGAGGAGAGGGAUCUAUCAGACCUGGACGACUCCCCCGAUCUGACCAGUGGGACGUCCUGGGAGGAGUCGAGGAAGAAGAAGGAGGAGGAAGAGGAGGAUGUUCCAGCAGGAGGGGCAGCGGGACGGCAGGUCAUGUGUCAGCUCCUCGCCCCCCCCCUGGAGCGGUCGGGCAGAGAGACGCCCGUCAGCGUGGACUCCAUCCCGCUGGAGUGGGACCACACUGUGGACGUGGGAGGGUCUUCAUCACAUGAGGAUGAUGAGGAGGACACCACAUACUUCAGCACCCUGUCAGGGAAGUCAGUGAGCGACCCCCCCAGCUGGCACCAGCCCGUCUCACCUGAAAGGAAACGAGUUCCCAGAGAAAUGAUCCGAGGCCUGAGCGCGUCUCCUUCACACACCUCCAGCACUCCCUUCCACCAGCAGGGCUACGCUAAGCUGAUGUCGGAGUGCAGCGGCAGCAUCAACACGGUGAAGAGAGUGAAGCUGAUCCUGAACGAUGAAGAGGGGCCGGAGGAUCAGGGUCUGACCGUCAGCACGGCCGACAAGCAGACCAGCACAGGUGUGAUCGAGCGCUGGGAGCUGCUUCAGGUACAGAAGCUCAACAACGAGACGGACAUCAAGCAGGACCUGGAGCAGUGGCAGAAGCUGAACUCUGACCUCUGUGAUGUCACUUCCUGGUUGGGCCGGGUGCUGCCAGAGCUAGAGAGGCUGCAGAGGAUCGCACCGGCCACCAGCAUCCGAGACAUUGAAGUGAACAUCCGGAAACUAAAGGAGAUGCAGAAGUCCUUCAACAGCUACAAGUGUCUGAUGAUCUCCACCAACCUGAGCAGCCGCCACUUCCUGUGUGGCGACAGCGCCGAGCUGCAGGAGCUGCAGGAAGCCCUGAGCUCUGCCAACAGCAGCUGGCCUCAGGCCUGCAGCGGGCUGGAGAGCUGGGAGAGGAGGCUGCACGCUGCGCUCAUGCAGUGUCAGGAGUUCCAUGAGACGCUGCACUCCCUGCUGCUGUGGCUCGCUCAGGCGGAGAACAAACUGAACGCUGUGAAUGUCAGCGACACCUCGACGCCACGCUCCGUCCUGCUGGAGCACCAGGACACCCUGACGGCUCUGCAGGAGGAGCUGUGCGGCCGCCAGCGGCAGGUCUCCUCCCUGCAGGAGAUCUCCUCUCAGCUGCUGCUGGAGGACAGCAGAGAGGACAGCGUGGAGGCCAAGGAGAAGGUCCACGUCAUCGGGAACAAGCUGCAGCUGCUGCUCCGACAGGUGGCCGCUCACCUGAGCACGCUGCAGGGCACACUGGAAACCUGCUCCUCCGGCACAGAGAUGGACAGCAUUGCUCUGGGAACGCUGCAGAAGGAGGAGGCUGCAGGUCUACAUGCAGCUAUCGGACCCCCAGCAACUAAAAGCUCCAGGGAGCGGCGGGACUCCCCCCCCCAGCGGCCCUUCCUCCACCGGGUCCUGCGCGCGGCCUUCCCGCUCCACCUGCUCCUCCUGCUGCUGCUGGUCCUGGCCUGCCUGGUGCCCGUCAUCGAGGACAACUACAGCUGCACCCUGUCCAACAACUUCGCCCGCUCCUUCUACCCCAUGCUGCGCUACACCAACGGCCCCCCGCCCACAUGAGCACUGCCACCACGCCCAGAACCUCCCCUAAGAAGACUGAGGGACUCAAUAUGUGACGUGGAAACAGAACAUUGAGCCGUUCAUUGUGUGAAGGUGCAAUUUAAAGACAUUCUACCUGUCACACAAAAAAAAAGCAUCGCCCUUUUUUAAAUCUAAAUCUGAUUGGUGUAUUUAAAUAUAUAUUUAUUGUUCGUGGUGUUCCACAUUUAUAAAAAAAGAAGCCAUAAACUGGUUCGUUUUUAACGUUCUGCCAUUUUUAUAUGUAGAUUUAACGUCCCCACUUACCAUAUUCAACACACGGAGAUAAGUAAGGUCUCUAGAUUUAUUUUAAUAUCUACGCUAUAUUUUCUGAUUUUGUACUUGCAUUGUAAGCCAUGGGAUCUAUAUUGAGGAGUAAAGGUCAGUGAUUACCAAAGCGUACAGAAAGCGAGAAUUACACUAGCCAUUUUCUACCACUGCCGCUAUUUUUACAGUUUUUCAUAGAAGAAGGCAGCCUGUUGUUGACGGCACAUUUUGUACAGAAGAGAAGAAGAUUGAUUAAGAGAUAUUUAAAAAGAUCUGUAAGAUAUUUGUUCUAAAUAAUGCUGGCAGUGACUCCUGCAGACAUGCCUUUCUGUAGCCAACAGCUGGAAGAUCUUGUAUUUGUAAUGGUGUUUAAGGACUACUGUGUAUAAGGGCAAACUACUGAGAAAGAAAACGCAAAAUUAUUGUUUCUGCAUAUUUGAGUUUGAGUGUCUUCCUGUAUUCUAUUUCAAUAAUUUAGCAUGGGACUGUAGUCUAAGCGCUGGUGUAAUAAAAUGACAGAUAUUUUCUUAUGUUAACAACUUCAUGGCCAGUGUUCGGGAGGUCAUUUUUGUAUAUUUCAGCAUAUAUACAACAAGUCGUCAAAUGAAAGCUGCAUUAGGUGAUUUGGUACCUCUAGGGCGCAGAAAGAGCCCAAAAUCACCGCUCAUAUAAUAACGGAUAAUAAGGGGCUUUUAACAAAUAUAGUAGCAUUUUUUUUUUUUUUAAACGGUUCAAAUUCCAGCAGAUUUAGCUAUUGGGUCUAUGUGCAUGAUUACAACCUGACCUGCUAGCUAACAGAUGCUAAUUUGUACAAUCAUUUCCACAUUAAAUUGCAGCAAUAGCAUUCAAUGAAAUAUUGCUUGAUGAAGUUUCAAAGUGUUUUUUAUAUUUUGUUAAUAUUGAUGCAACAAUAUUAGCUCCAGCUGGUGGUCCUGUCACAUCACUGCCAUUUAGCUGUAGAUCAAAGAACACAAAGCCCCCCCCCAUGUUAUGUUCAAAUGCCUAAAUUACUUUAUUCUUAAAUGAUUUGAUGUUGUUCAAAACGUACCCAACGCUGUCCGAGUUGGACCCGUGGAGUAAAGUCCUGCAGGUGUCAAAAAAUCCAACAGGUUGAAACAAAGAUUGUUUAAAAAUAUAUAUAAUUUGUGGUUAAUAUUGUGAUGUACGUGGAGAUUUACCUGCUUUACACCACUCUUCAUCAUGAAGUUAGAGGACUGGUUUCAAAUCUAUUGAUCCAGACUCUGAGUCGAACAUGAAUGCAAGUGAUACUUUGAGCAUUGGAUGUAGCUGUGUACCUCUCAAUCAAAGACCAUUAAAUGUACAAUGUUAAUAUUAUUGAUCCUAAAUGUUGGAAACUCAAGUGUUUGGUCCUUAUUUGUAUAUAAUGUCACACUCGGCAGAACAGAAACAAACAACAAAACGUGUGUAAAGUUUGAUUUAUUUUGUGAACUCUUAUUUAUGGGAUGUAUAGACUGUCAGUUUUGAUUGACAAUAAACUGUGUUUGCCAUGA